GCAGUCUGUAGCGGUAACAGGGUCCGCCCCCUGUCUCUGCAGAUAAAGGGUCGCAGUCUGCUAUCCCAGGCAUGGAUGACGGUUGUAGUGAGACAUGGCAGUGCGACAUUACACUCUCGACUUCAACCUCUCUACAGCAGUUGACCCUGCCUCGACAGUGUCUGGUCUGCUGUCUAUAUUUCAUGAACAGGAACUGACGGAGACUAUUCAUGAUACAGAUGGGCAUGGUUACCUUGCUACCUUUGUGGGCAAGAAUGGCAGGUUUGUUGUCCUGCGUGUGCACUCCCAGGGGCUGGUCACAGUUGAUUUGCAGUGUUACGAAGAUGACGACAUUGCACAGCUAGACAACCUUUUGAAUGCACUGGAAAAUAAGCUAAAAGUUCUCUUAAAUGGCAAUAUUACAAGGAUUAAAAAGCUUCCAGCCCUUUUGCGAGGAGCAAAAGUUGACCGCUACUGGCCCACAGCCGAUGGCAGACUAAUUGAGUAUGACAUUGACAAGGUGGUGUAUGAAGAGGAUUCUGAAUACCAAAACAUAAAGAUUUUGCACUCACAGCAGUAUGGGAAUAUUCUAGUUCUGGAUGGAGACGUUAACCUUGCAGAGAGUGACUCUGCCUACACCCAGGCCAUCACAGGCAGUGGAAAAGAAAACUACGCUGGAAAAGAAGUAUUGAUUUUAGGAGGAGGUGAUGGAGGAAUACUUGCUGAGUUGGUCAAACAAAAGCCAAAGAUGAUCACCAUGGUGGAGAUUGACCAGAAGGUGAUAGAUGGGUGCAAAAAAUACAUGAGGAAGACUUGUGGUGAUAUCCUGGAUAACCUGAAGGGAGACUGUUACCAAAUAUUAAUUCAGGACUGUGUUCCCUUGCUGAAGAAGUAUGUCCAGGAAGGAAGGACAUUUGAUUAUGUUAUUAAUGACCUCACUGCAAUCCCAAUAUCCACCUUGCCAGAAGAAGACUCUACGUGGGAGUUCCUGCGUCUCAUUUUAGAUCUAUCUAUAAAAGUGCUGCAUCCCAGUGGGAAGUAUUUCACACAGGGCAACAGCGCAAAUCUGACUGAGGCACUGAAUCUGUUUGAGGAACGGCUGGGAAGGCUCUCGUGUCCAGUGGACUUCCGCAAAGAAGUGGUGUGUGUUCCUUCCUACCUGGAGCAAUGGGUUUUUUACACCGCUUGGAAAAAGUAAACAAGUUAUCUCCUGAAAUUCUCAGCAGCUGGAAUGUGAAGGCUCCUAAUUUCUUCUGUACCCCUCAGUUGUACGCAAAUUGAAUGCAGCCUGAAAAUUGGAGGCCACACAAAAUUCAGUUUAGUUUUAAAUGUUAGAAACUAUUCAGAUAUUCCAAAGUCUGAAUUGUUCACACGCCUCUGUGCACAUUGGUGAGCUUCUGCUGACUGACUAAGACGACUGACUGACUAAUUUGCUGUUUUCGGUUAACAAACACUGACU